GUUAGAAAUGUCAAAUUAGGUUUAGGUGUUUCACACUCUCUCGCGCCGCCGCUCUGCAAAUCUCGUGAGUUUGAAAUUUCAAACAAAAUCUCCGCCGUCCGUCACUGUCGCAGCCACCGUCCGUCGCACCAGCCACUGUCUCACCCACCAGCGCUUCACCCACCGCACCACCUGACGCCUCACCCCCCUCGUCGAUCGAUUUUGCCGCCCAUCUCCGCCUCGGCAAAUGGAUUAGGCGAAGCCCUUGCCGCCGCCGUGAAGAGCCACCACCGCGAGGCCCUUGCCGCGAUAUUGUGCUGCCCAUCUCCGCCCCAGAGACGUUCCCAAAGCUGCCGGAUUGAUUUUAUUCGGAGGGCUGAGCUCCAGGUUUCACCAUUGACGUAUGCACUCUCCGGCCCGCCCAAGCUCGCCUUUCUCCAUUCUUCUCCAACUAUUGAUCGAUUCUUCUCCAUUCUUCUCCACUCCGGCCUAACUGGAUUGUUUUGCCCCUGUGUCCUGUUCGGGCGCAACGUUACAACCUUGAACGAUGACAUCCCUGAGCGAAGCGCGUGCAUCGGCCACGCAGUAUGCAUUGAAGGUGGCAUUGCUCUUGCUAUUGCCACAGCAGCAUGCAACGGCAUAGAUCCGGAUACAGCCUGCCUCCUAACCGAAGGCUUGCUGUUCGCAUGGUGGGUCUGCGGCAUCUACACCGGCAUGGGCCGACAACUGUUGCAGAGAAAGUAUCACCUAAAGGUUGAUUUGCUACUGGAAAGUGGAGAAUAUUUCUUAAGUGAUCAGACGAAUCAAACAAAGAAGUGGCAGGAGAAGCAAGAGAAACAAGCAGCUAAAGUGACUGAAACCAAAAGGAAACGAGAAGAGGCAUUUUUAUGAUCAACAAUAUUUUAUUGGAUUUGAUGUAGGAUGAUUGUAUAAUGGAUACUUUUUCAAUGUAGGAUGAUAAAGAAUAUUUGAAAUUAAUGAAUGACCUUUUUAUUAUUCGUGUA